CCGGAGUUUAAAUCGUAACGUUAAACUUCACUUUUCCUCAUAGCUCCUUUAAUUAUUCCGUAGGACAAGCGUAACUCCAUCUUUGAUUCAUAAUUAUUUCACAUUAAACUCAAACAAGAGUUUGAAGUGACGGAAACACCGAAGUCGGCUUCAAAUGGUCAAACAAGUUCUUCGUUGAACUGCUGCCCUCAGUGUGAAAGAUGAACACGAUUUCUGUGGGAGAUAAAGCUGCUUCAAGCAGGCUGAACCACUGGGUGGAUCCGUCCUUCACUGAUUUUCCUGGAGAAAGCUUUUCUCUGUCUGGAAGAAGAAAGGGCAGCCAGGUGUUGGGCUCCAAGGCUGAGCCCAAGAGGCCCCAGAAGAGAAAAGGAGAGGCUGGCAGGUCAAACCCUCACACGUUGUCCUAUCUGCUGAGAGAGUCAGCCCAGAGGGACCAGGAUGAGCCCUGGGUGGACAGAUAUUCCCCCCGUUCACAGGUUGAGCUAGCUGUCCACAAGAAGAAGAUUGAAGAAGUGGAGAACUGGAUAAGAGUUCACACAAACACAUCAGAGGGUAACAUCUUGCUGCUGACAGGACCAUCCGGUUGUGGAAAGACAGCAACAGUCCAGGUUUUGGCUCAGGAGCUGGGCCUCAGGGUUCAGGAGUGGGCCAAUCCCACCAACCUGGAGCCAUACAGCAGCAGUCAGCAUGAAUGGAGGAUGAACAGCUUUUCCUUCAGCUCCCAGUUAGCCCAAUUCCAGGACUUCCUCCUCAAAACCAACAAAUACAACUGCCUGAAGAUGGUGGGUGAUGGAGGACCUACAGACAGGAAGCUCAUACUGGUGGAGGAUUUCCCAAACCAGUUCUACAGGCAGCCUGGCAGCCUGCACGAUAUCCUGAGGCGCUUUGUGAAGACCAGUCGAUGUCCUCUGGUGUUCAUAGUGUCAGACAGUCUGAGUGGAGACAGCAGCUCACGCGUUCUUUUCCCCAGAGAGAUUCAGGAGGAGCUGGACAUCAGCAACAUCAGUUUUAAUCCGGUGGCUCCAACCACAAUGAUGAAGGUCCUGACUCGAAUUUCAACUCUGGAGGCAGGAAAGCAGAGUUGUGGGAAGAUGUGUGUAUCAGACCAGGCAGUGUUGGCCACGCUGUGUUUAGGAAGCUCAGGAGAUAUUCGCAGUGCCAUCAACAGCCUCCAGUUUUCCUCCCUCCCAGACACAUCAUUGGAAAAGGGCCUGUGGAGGAUGAAGGAGAGACCUGUGACUUCACUGGGAAAAGCUGUCUCCAGAAUGAAUCAGAGGAAGAAGUCCAAACAGACAAAGGAGCCAGAAGAUGAGCAGGCUAUUGGAGGGAAAGAUGCUUCUCUGUUCCUGUUUAGAGCACUAGGAAAGAUUCUACACUGCAAACGAAGGAAUCAUGAAGGUGCUGAAGCUGCCGAAUGUGCCUCUGGACCUGGUCUACCAUCGCACCUGUUUCAACAUCACAGAGAAACAUUACUAGUAGACCCUGAGUUGGUUGUUGAGCGUUCACACAUGUCUGCGGAGUUCUUCAACUUGUACCUCCACCAGAACUACGUGGACUUCUUGUCUGAGGUGGAGGAUGUGGAACGGGCCAGCGAGUAUCUGUCUGAUGCUGACCUCCUCACUGCUGAUUGGACGAGUCGCAGCACCAUGGGGGAUUAUGGGUCUUCAGUGGCCACCAGGGGGCUCCUUCACUCAAACUCUCGACAAGUUUCUGUUGGAUUCAGACCGCUGCAUAAACCCAACUGGCUGCUGGUCAACAAGAAGCACCGGGAAAAAUGCCUGGCUGCCCAGUUCUUGUUCAGAAGCUUCUGUCUGACACCAGUCAGCCUGCAGACUGAACUGCUGCCCUACCUGGCCAAACUCACCCACCCUAUGAGGAACCAAGCUCAGAUAGCUUUUAUCCAGGACGUGGGUCAGAUGUUACAGAGGAGAUUCUCCGCCAGAUUAAAACUGGAGGCUCUGACAGACAAAGAACCAGGCCAGCUGGAGACAGACACUGAGGAAGAGAAGGAGAAAGAGGAAGGUCAGGGUGCGGCUGAGGAGGGUCUGUUGGGCAGUCAGCCUCAACCUACUACAAACCAAGUCCUUUUGGAGGAGGAGGACCUGAUCAUAGAGGAAUAUACCAGUGACUAACACACACAGCCCUGUCAUACAUCUACUGCCAUACUGUUCACUGUUAAAUGACAGUCCUUCCAGGAUUUCACAGGCUAAUUUUGUAAUUGUUGCGGCCAAAUAUACCUGAUCUCACAGCAGCUUUUCUAAAGAAUUGAGAUGCAUAAUAAAAUUGCUAGUAGUUUGGUGACGUAUUGCUGAACGUUUUACGCAGGGGACUGCUAUGAUUGGUGAAACUCGCUGGAAUGAUUUGAAUCCAUGAAGAAUUCACAGGGAUUGGUUGAAUUUGCAUUUAUUGUUGCAGUCACAUCAUUGCAACUGCCUGGAGGGACUGAAAUGAGUUCUGAGAUUCAUUUUUGACAUGUGAAGGAAAAUAUAACUUGUUACUGUUAAAAAAGAAUUUCAUAGAAAUCUAACUUAAAUUUACUUAAAUUGUAAGAUUCAUCCCACAACUCAAAUAAUUAUCCACAUGACCUUAUGUUGCUGACUCUGGUAAUAGUUCUGGUAUUUUUGCCUCAUUGAGGUGUCAUUUGUUCAAGAUAUUAUAAUUUUUCAAACAAGCUUGUUGCCUUGUAGAACCUGAAUUGAAUGUGAUUCUGUAGCCUUUCAGAAGCUCCUAAUACAAUAGAAGCAUGAUGGGGAUUUGUUGCAAUAAUCUCCUCAGAUGACCCAGUUCAAAUUUUGUCUGUAUGUAUUUGUUUUUGUACUUAACAUGUUUUUGUUUUACUGAGUGACUGUUGAGCCUGGAUCAACCUGUAAUGGAGAACUGUCAAGGAAUAAGCUCAGCCAUUAACUGACAUCUUUUUUGUUUCACUGUUUUCUAUGGAGAGAAAAUAAUAAAUAGUACAUUUAAUGCUUAUUGAGAGAUACCAAACCUAAAUAAGUUUGUGAAUAAAAACUGUGUGAAAAGCUGA